AUGAAGCCUUCUAACACGCAUCCAGAACAUAAGCGCAUCUCCCCGUUGAAGGUCCGGAAAAAACCCGGUAGGAAACCGAUGACAGUUCCCCCGAACCCGGAAUUCUUAGGACAUGAUGUUGUUAUGAUCGUAGGACAAAAACCACCGGCAGAACCAGAAGAAUGUGCCGAGUGCCUCACCGAUGCGGACCUAAUUUAUUUCGACAGGUAUGUUUCUGCUGUGCACGAUUUGGCAGAAGCAGAGAACCCCUCCAUCAAUGAAUCGUACCAGGAAGAAAGCCGAAAGGGAUUGGCUAGCAGGAGUAACGCCGAGUUGAAGGAUUUGGCAAUCUUUAUACGUGAGAAGUUAAAUCCUCAUCAUGAAAAUGUUUCAUAG